UAGAAGCAGUGGUUAAAAUGGAAGCGAGUACGGAUGACAGUACAUAAAGCAGAUCUAGACCGAUCUAGACGUCAGAUAUUGAAAACGUAUAUAUUCGACUAACACAUGUCAUAAAAUGGAGGGAGGUGCUGGUGCUGGAACUAGAACUACAAGAUUUAUGAUGGAAGGCGUUGGUGCUCGAGUAAUACGAGGACCAGACUGGAAAUGGGGAAAGCAGGAUGGAGGCGAAGGUCAUGUGGGAACCGUAAGGAAUUUUGAAUCACCAGAAGAAGUAGUAGUUGUUUGGGACAAUGGUACUGCUGCAAACUAUAGAUGUUCUGGAGCGUAUGACUUAAGGAUAUUGGAUAGUGCUCCAACAGGUGUAAAACAUGAUGGUACAAUGUGUGACACAUGUCGUCAGCAGCCAAUAUUUGGAAUUCGUUGGAAAUGUGCUGAAUGCGGAAAUUAUGACCUCUGUUCUAUUUGUUACCAUGGAGACAAGCAUCAUCUCCGGCAUCGUUUCUAUCGUAUUACGACACCCGGCAGUGAAAGAAUGUUAUUGGAACCUCGUCGAAAGAGCAAAAAAGUGGCUAUUCGUGGGAUCUUUCCUGGAGCACGUGUUGUGCGUGGUGUUGACUGGCAGUGGGAAGAUCAAGAUGGUGGUAAUGGGCGUCGUGGGAAAGUGAACGAGAUUCAGGAUUGGUCUGCAGCAAGUCCACGUUCAGCCGCUUACGUUGUGUGGGAUAAUGGUGCUAAGAAUCUAUACCGUGUUGGCUUUGAGGGCAUGGCUGACUUGAAGGUAGUGAAUGAUGCAAAGGGACAAACAGUGUACCGUGACCACUUACCACUGUUGGGUGAGCAAGGACCUGGUCGUUCUGGACCACAUGGCCUUCAAAUUGGAGAUCAGGUGAAUGUUGAUUUGGAAUUGGAGAUUGUGCAGUCAUUACAACAUGGGCAUGGUGGCUGGACAGACGGGAUGUUUGAGUGCCUUGGAACGACUGGUACUGUGGUAGGCAUUGAUGAGGAUCAUGACAUUGUUGUGUCAUAUCCCAGUGGCAACCGCUGGACGUUCAACCCUGCAGUACUUACCAAAGUUGCAGUAGCUGCUCCGAGUGGAGGUACAGGCUCCAAUGAUACACAGCAGCAAUUUACUGUCGGUGACUUAGUUCAGAUUUGCAGUGAUCUGGAACGCAUAAAAAUUCUUCAACGUGGUCAUGGUGAAUGGGCUGAAGCAAUGGCUCCGACUCUUGGGAAGAUUGGUCGUGUGCAACAAAUCUACCAUGAUAAUGACCUGAAGGUGGAAGUGUGUGGCACAUCUUGGACGUACAAUCCUGUAGCUGUCACAAAGGUUGCUUCAUCAGAUGGCACAGUACCAGGGACAUCCAGUGGAGAACGCUUGAGUGCACUACUGAAGAAACUCUUUGAGACACAUGUAUCUGGUGAUGUAAAUGAGGAACUUGUGAAAACAGCUGCUAAUGGUGAUGCACAGAAGUGUGAAGAAUCACUUAAGCGCACGGAUGCUGAUGUGAAUGGAGUGUUCGCUGGACAUACUGCUCUUCAGGCAGCAAGUCAAAAUGGUCAUCUCGAAGUUAUAAAGAUUCUCUUACGACACAAAGCUGACGUUGAAAUAGAGGACAAAGAUGGCGAUCGUGCCGUGCAUCAUGCAGCAUUUGGUGAUGAGCCAGGUGUGAUGGAAUUGCUGGCACAUGCUGGUGCCGAUCUGAAUGCCCGCAACAAACGUCGCCAGACUGCCCUCCACAUUGCUGUCAACAAGGGCCAUGUCGGUGUUGUGAAAACUCUUCUAGAACUUGGAUGCCACCCCAGCCUUCAGGAUUCUGAAGGUGAUACGCCACUGCACGACGCCAUCUCGAAGAAGCGCGACGAUAUGCUGACGUUACUUCUGGACCACGGCGCUGACCUCUUGCUGACCAACAACAACGGCUUCAAUGCUCUGCAUCACGCAGCUCUUCGCGGCAACCCAAGUGCUAUGCGGAUUCUUCUGAUGAAACUGCCUCGACCCUGGAUUGUGGACGAGAAGAAGGACGAUGGUUACACAGCACUCCACUUGGCAGCCCUCAAUAAUCAUGUCGAGGUGGCUGAACUACUUGUGCACCAGGGACAGGCCAACAUGGACCUUCAGAAUGUAAACCUUCAGACUGCACUUCACUUAGCAGUUGAGCGACAGCAUACACAGAUAGUUCGACUACUGGUACGUGAGGGGUCAAAUCUCAAUAUUCCAGACAAGGAUGGAGACACACCACUACAUGAAGCACUGCGACAUCACACGUUAUCACAGCUACGGCAGCUGCAAGAUGUACAGGAUGUUGGGAAGCUGUUAAUGGGACUUGGCAGUCAAGGUGCAGACAAAAAGUCUUCAGCCUCAAUUGCCUGCUUCUUAGCUGGAAAUGGGGCUGAUCUUGGCAUCAAGAACAAGAAGGGCCAGACACCACUGGAUCUGUGUCCUGACCCAAACCUGUGCAAAGCUCUUGCAAAAUGUCACAAGGACAAAGAUACUGACCUGAUUGAACCACGGCGAACAGACGGUCCAGGUGAGGAGGAUGUUGUUACACUGGAUGAGUGCUUGGUGUGCUCUGAUAUUAAGCGUGACACACUGUUCAAACCAUGUGGGCAUGUGGCGUGCUGCUCUGUAUGUUCCCCUCGUGUCAAGAAGUGUCUGGUGUGCCGAGAGCCAGUUGUGGGCAGAGUUAAGAUUGAGGAGUGUGUAGUAUGUUCUGAUAAGAAGGCUUCAGUGCUUUUCAAACCUUGCGGACACAUGUGCGCUUGUGAUGGUUGUGCUGCGCUUAUGAAGAAAUGUGUCCAGUGUCGUGCACAGAUUGAUCACAUGGUGCCUUUUGUGGUGUGUUGUGGUGGAAUUGGAACCAUAUCAGAUGUCCAGGCCGAUAAUGAAGAAGAUAUUGUCGGACCCCUAGGUGGUGUUCCUGUAGAACCUGUGUGCCUGAUGAACAACGGAAGCCGAGACACAUCCAACUCUGACAUACAGAAGUUACAGCAACAGUUGCAGGACAUCAAGGAGCAGACCAUGUGUCCUGUUUGUUUGGACCGUCUGAAGAACAUGAUCUUCCUCUGUGGACAUGGUACAUGCCAGAUGUGUGGGGACCGCAUGUCAGAGUGUCCCAUCUGUCGCAAGCAGGUUGAGAAACGCAUUCUUCUCUAUUGAGUCUGGUUAAGUAUGAGAAAUAUUUGUGUCAAGAUGUUAAGACAGGCUGGCUGAGUGCCAAAGCUCAAGCAUGCAGGUGAUGCUUCCAUGUUUCAGCUCUCCCAACUUGUUAAAAUAGCACAUCAUAUUCUAUAGGCAAACCUACCAACUUCAGCAUGAGGUCUUCCCCAAAAUGCAGAAAUAUUUUGGAACAUUAUAAAUUAAAAUGGUUAUCUUUCUGUGUAUAGUGAUCUGUAAUAGGUGACCUUUUCUUUCUUCUUCUUAAUGUCCCUCUUCUGUUGCUAUGGUCAUGAAGAGUGAACAUUGACCUAUUAAAAUAAAAGUAGGUAUUGUCUUUACUAUCAUAAUUUUGGCCUAAAAUAAUUUAUUUAUUAAAAUAUUAAUGUUGUUGAAAAGACUGUAAUAUGUUUUGAUUGUUCAUGAUUUGUUUAAUCCGUCUUGCAGUGCGUACACUUAUCUAUCUUCUUCUCUCACUCUCACUACAUGUU